CCUUCGCCCCCCCCAUCCGGCCUCUCUCCCGCUCCGGCCUCGUCUGCCGUCACCCCCGCCGGUAGGCCCCGUCCCGCAGCGCCGGGGGGCUGGGGCAGGGGCAGGCGGGCUGCCGGGUCCUGCCUGCGACCCUCCCCCCCCGUGCCCGGAAACCUGGCUGCGCCCCCGAGCCUGCUCCCCACCCGCGUCCCCCGGGCCUGCCGCGGGGCAGGGAGCUGUGGGGGGGCUCCCUGGGCUCGGGCACCAACGGCUUCCUCCCCCCACUCGGGGCUCGGCUGGGACCCAGAAAAUAAAUGAAUGCUAAUGGGACAGCCAUUUCCCUGAAGUUCAGGUUUUCAGGCUGGCUGCCAUGAUGGAUGAUCAGUCUUUGAAUUCAAUCGAGCAGCAAGCUUUGAAUUCAAUCAUGCAGGAUUUGGCUGUCCUUCAUAAGGCUAGUCGUCCUGCAUUGCCAGUACAAGAAACAGGAAAACCAAAAUCAUCUUCACCCAAAAAACAGAAUGAUGUUAGAGUCAAAUUCGAACACCGAGGUGAAAAAAGGAUUCUACAGUUUCCCAGGCCUGUCAAACUAGAAGAUCUUGCAUCUAAAGCUAAAGUUGCUUUUGGACAGCCUAUGGACUUGCAUUACAGCAAUAAUGAGCUGGUGAUUCCGUUAACCACACAGGAUGAUUUGGACAAAGCUGUUGAACUGCUAGAUCGUAGUGUUCACAUGAAGAGCCUCAAGAUAUUGCUUGUAAUACAUGGAAAUUUACAGGUUCCUGUCCUAAGUAACAUGGAACCAUUGCCAUCACUGGAAGAUUUGGAUAAUACAGUGUUUGGAGUGGCAGAGAGGAAAAACAGGCUGUCUGUAAUAGGUUCUAAUACACGUGAUAGAAGUUCACCUCCCCCGGGAUACAUUCCAGAUGAGCUGCACCAGGUGGUACGAAAUGGAUCAUUCACUAGUAUCAAUAGUGAAGGCGAGUUCAUUCCAGAAAGCAUGGAUCAAAUGCUGGAUCCAUUGUCCUUGAGCAGUCCUGAAAACUCUGGCUCAGGAAGCUGUCCCUCACUUGACAGCCCUUUAGAUGGAGAUAGCUACCCCAAAUCUCGGAUGCCACGAGCACAGAGCUAUCCAGAUAACCACCAGGAGUUUUCAGACUAUGAUAUCCCAAUAUUUGAGAAAUUUGGAAAAGGCGGGACUUAUCCCCGAAGGUAUCAUAUUUCAUAUCAUCACCAAGAUUACAAUGAUGGUCGUAAAACUUUUCCAAGGGCCAGAAGGACCCAGGGGAACAGCUUCCGGUCUCCAGUCAGUUUCAGCCCCACCGAUCACUCCCUGAGUACAAGCAGUGGGAGUAGCACCUUUACUCCAGAGUAUGAGGAGACCAGAAUGAGAAGAAGGGGAAGUGACAUAGACAAUCCUACCCUGUCAGUAAUGGACAUCAGCCCACCUAGCCGCUCACCACGAGCACCAACUAACUGGAGACUUGGCAAGCUGCUGGGUCAAGGUGCUUUUGGCAAAGUAUAUCUAUGUUAUGACGCUGACACCGGAAGAGAAUUGGCUGUUAAACAAGUUCAAUUUGACCCUGACAGUCCAGAGACGAGCAAGGAGGUAAAUGCACUUGAAUGUGAGAUUCAGCUGUUGAAAAACCUGCUGCAUGAAAGAAUUGUUCAGUAUUAUGGCUGCUUGAGGGAUCCCUCUGAAAGAACACUCUCUAUAUUCAUGGAAUACAUGCCAGGGGGUUCCAUUAAGGACCAGUUAAAAGCAUAUGGAGCACUCACAGAGAAUGUGACCCGAAAAUACACACGGCAGAUUUUGGAGGGAGUUUACUAUUUGCACAGUAAUAUGAUUGUACAUAGAGAUAUUAAAGGAGCAAAUAUUCUGCGGGAUUCAGCAGGCAAUGUGAAGCUAGGUGAUUUCGGUGCCAGCAAGCGACUUCAGACUAUCUGUCUCUCUGGCACGGGAAUGAAAUCUGUCAUGGGGACUCCAUACUGGAUGAGUCCCGAAGUUAUCAGUGGAGAAGGGUAUGGGAGAAAAGCAGAUAUCUGGAGCGUAGGUUGUACGGUGGUGGAAAUGCUCACUGAGAAACCCCCUUGGGCAGAGUAUGAAGCAAUGGCUGCCAUCUUUAAAAUUGCCACCCAGCCAACCAGUCCACAGCUGCCACCUCAUGUCUCGGACCAUAGUCGGGAUUUCCUUAAGCGGAUUUUUAUCGAGGCCAAGUUGCGACCAUCUGCAGAUGAACUGCUAAGACACACAUUUGCACAUUAUCACUAACAGCCUGCCUCAACUCAGCUUGCAUCUACUGCAUUUAUUUUCUAUUUGACUGCACUUUUAUUUUUAUUUUUUUACAAAAAAAGGAGAAAAAAGACAAGAGAGAAAACAUUUCUCUUGAUUCUUUGUUUUACUUAGAUUAUAAGCAAGAAUCUAAAUUUUUGUAUUUAGAAUGAGGGUCUCUUCUCCUCUCCCCCGCCCCCCAACAGGACCCAGAACCUUUUGUUUCUGUAAUGUACUGAUGUGGUUCACAAAGAUAAAGCACUUUAGUACAUAUUCAUUCCUUAACUAAGGGGAAAACAGACAUGUGACUUGGACUGUCAAGAACUGUAACUUUUUCUAACACCGCUGACUGUCUCAGGAUGCAGGGAAAAAUACAGCAGCAGCUAGCACGCAGGGAGAAGAAAAUCAUCAUCUGUGAUUUGUUCUUUGUACUGUAGGUAGUUGCUGCUGAGGGUUUAAAGUUAUAUUUUAGCUUGUUAAUCAGUUUCUGAAUAUCACACUUGAGGCAUGAACCCACAUUUCUGGAAAUUAAUUAGAAAGCUCAAAGAACUUAGAACCCUGAGUAGAGAGUGCUCUGCAUAAUAGAGCACCUGCCUGACACUUCCUUUGUGACCAAAAGAAAAUAAGGCAGGAACAUAACUCUAAAUGAGUAGUUGGUGAGAGCUGUUAUAAAGUUAUUUUAUUACCUUCAUAAAACAAGAAUUACAGGUAAAUCAAAGAUGAUAGAUCCAAACUCCUAGAGACUGCAAAGCUCAGGGGAUAGUCUCCAUAAUGAAGAAACAAAAAAUAACCAAAAAGAUCAACAGAUAAAUAAAAAUAAUACCCCCUGCAGCUGCCAAAGAUAUGCCUACCAUAUAAGUUAAAGGGGUGGGGGGGGUCACUUUCCUUAGGUGAUGGUAAGACACAAAAUGGUGUGAGAUAAAGUCCUUCACCAUCCAAUGAAUGGCAAAGAAAAAAAUUAAUCCUUAUCUACUGUAUGCAUCAUCUGACUAUCAAAAUUAUCUGCAAGGAAUAAGAGAUUCAGAACAAUUGUCAGAGACUGAGAAGGAAUGUAUUUUGAAGGUCAUGCACCUGAAUAUAAUAAUCCUUCUUAAAUUGUUUUAAAUGGAAUUGUUUUAAUAACACAAUCCAGUUAUUAGGAUGUUUGAAAAAGUCCCUGAAAUAAAAUGAAUUCUAAUUCCUUGUGUCUAAUUCCGUUAGUGUCAAAUGAUGACAAGGCACUUCAAGACUUCUUUGGUCAUAUUUUUCAAGCCGCAAUGAUGAUAAAAAUAACAUUAAAAUGCCUCUUUCCUAGGGAAAGCCUUAAAAGCAAUCAACAUAGAAACAUCAGGGACAGACCACACAGAAAAAGUGGACUAUUUUUAAAGUUGCGUGUGUGACACAGCAAUAGUACAUGAAUUUUGAAAAUGAAGUCCAACUAAACAAAGAGCAGUGGCACCCACUGUCAUGUUGAGUUUUACAUUAAAAAUGACCAAAGAUGUAAAAGGAACAAAGCAGCUAAACAGGAUGAGUCUCUAAUUUUGCAAUCCAGAAGGAUCAAACUGUGCUAGAUCUCAGUCAUAAAAUGUUUAUUCAUCUUUUCCAUCUCUAGAACAGGGUAAUAAAAGAGUAAAAUUCGGAGACACGAUCUCACAGGCCUUGAACAGCUCCACUGAAAAAUACUAAUGAGAAGCAUGUACUAACUGACUUCACUUUAGAGAGAGAAGUCAAACCCUCCCAUUUUUAUAAAAGUAGACAAUAUACAGAAUUUGAGAAAGAGUUUGGAAAUAAGUUCUUUGACCUGUAUAACUUAAAUUUGAUUCUUGCUAAUAUGGCUGAUUCACUAGUUGUCUGUCUUUCCCUCCCAGUUCUGUAAAGACCGAAUGUGUUGAUGCUUUAGACAUCAAACUAUUCUGACAAGGAUGGUCCCAAGAGUCCACUCUGCUUUAUGUCUUUAUUAGGACUAUCAAAAGCUUGAGGUGGGUGAAAAUAAAGAAAUGAAUGUGUCGGUGCUACAAUGAGAAAUUAGUGUUGGCUCAUGUGACAGACUCUUGAGGUUUCUGAAUUUUUAUUUUUCUAAUUUAGCUGCUAAAUUCUGUAUCAGCAGCAUAACUAGGAGUCUGGGUCUAUCCUAAUCCAUUUACCUGUAAUAGGUUCAGUUGUUCUUCUACUGGGGCCACUAUCACAAUAUUUUGGGCAGGUGGCCUAUUCCAGUUGUCUGUUUUCUGUGAUUAUUGUGACUUUUAUCUGGUUGGUCAUUUUGUUGGUCACGGUAAGCAGCAGUGCAGGGUUUACAUGCGUGAGAUGAGAGUUCAAUCAGGGAAAACCCAUGGGCCAAAAUUAAAGUAAACUUGUGUUCACUUUCUUUGGCUUCUUUGUGACUCGAUGGAAGCAGCCUCUGGAAAGAAUCUGCAUGAACCUUUGUGCUUUAAAGGACCUUUGCUUCAUAAGCAAAAUUUAGUGGCAGCGGGGACAGUAGGGAGAGUUAUGUAGAGACUGUCUUUAAAAUACAGUAGAACCUCAGAGUUAUGAACACUAGAGUUACGAACUGACUGGUGAACCACACACCUCAUUUUUAACCAGAAGUACAUAAUCAGGCAGCAGAGACGGGAAAAAUAAAAAAAGCAAAUACUGUACAGCACAGUACUGUGUUAAAUGUAAAGUACUAAAAAAGUAAAGUUUUUAAAAAAAGAUUUGACAACGUAAGGAAACUGUGUCUGUGCUUAUUGCAUUUAAAUUAAGAUGGUUAAAGCAGCAUUUUUCUUCUGCACAGUAAAGGUUCAAAGCUGUAUUUAAGUCAAUGUUCAGUUGUAAACUUUGGAAAGAAUCACCGUAACGUUUUGUUCAGAGUUGUGAACAUUUCAGAGUUACGAACAACCUCCAUUCCUGAGAUGUUUGUAACUCUGAGGUUCUACUGUAGACUAAUAGUUUACAUAAUGUACAAACCAUAUAUCUGAAAUGGAUUUCAAAAGAAUUAAGAAGGUACCAAAAACCAAGCUAAAAAUGUACAUAUAUAAUAGUCGGUAUCUGAAAGGGUAAGAAAGUUAUUUAUAUUACCAAAAAGUACAAAAAAUGAACUUUAAAGGGAAAAUUUAAUCAGGUUUAACUGCAGCACUCAGAAAUUUUAAAGAUACUGUUGGAUCAAUAAAAGAAACUGUACUCUCUGAAGCUUGAAGUUUUCUAAAAAUAUACCCUGUUUGCAAGGCAGAGUUGGCUUCUCUAUACUGCAGUGUUAUUUCUUAGCUGUGACUGGGGAGAAAAAACAAAAUAAGACUGCUGCUUUUGUGCCUUUUUAAAAGAUAGUGCUUUCUGUCUUGACAAUGGUAAACUUGUUUGAGAUCGGGAAAAGAGAGAACUUGCAGAAUAAUACAGAGUUUUUAAAACUUUUAGGCAUAGCUUUCCCCUUAAAAUAUAAUUCCAUCUGGAUUAUAAAUUAUUGGACAUCUCAAAAAACUACUGAGUCAAUAUAGUACCUCUUUAAUGAUGACUAAUUUCACCAGUUUUGUUCUUUAAGAUCUUGUCAUAUGAAUCACAAGGACUGAACUAUUGUUUUUACCCUUGGGAGAAACUGCCAACUGACCUAAGUUACUUAUGUAUAACCCUUUAAACAAUUACUGUAUAAAUUAAAAAUGUAUAUUUUGAGCUAGAAAUAGGAAUUAUGAAGCCAGUCAAAUUCUACCUUUUGAGAAACAGGCAGUACAUUCAGCCCCUUGCAUGUUGCAUUUUUGGAAACUUGGUAAAGUCACGUUGAAGUAAAAUGAUUUUUGCAUUAUCUGCUUUUAAUGACGGUACAGUAGUAGAUCCCUUCAUGUCUAUAAAGCAUCUAGCACACCACUGGCACUAUAACUAGUAAAAUUUAUGUCCAUAAUUCCGAAGGUGCAUGGAGCUGCAUGAUUAAAAUCCCAUUGAAGAUGAGGGUCAUGAAGCAAGAUUUCUCUGUGCCACUUUGAAUAACCUACCAACUAACAUUACAGUAUUUUAGAAUCAUUAACUUGUGAGUGCUAAGUCCAUUUAUGAGAAAAUGUCAGUGGGACAGAAUGUUGUCACAGGGUUAUGGUCUCCUAUGUAAAUACCAAAGCAGAACUGGACUUAUAGAAAAUAAGUGUUAAGAUUUAUUGGGAGAGUAGAAAUGCUUAUUUUUCAAAUCAGGCGCUAUUGAUCUGGCCACUAUUUUUUAGUACACUGACUUUAUUUCUGUUACACCUGUGUAGUAAUAAAUAUUUAACAACUUGUCUGUAAAUUGGUUUUAAUAGUGAGUUAGUCUCUGCAUAAUUCUGAUAUGCUGCAUUCUUAUUGGCUUACAUAACAGGUUGGGUUGUACUUCAGCCAGUCAGAAACAAGCUUAUUAAUUAAACUACAGUUUUCUGUGUAUUUUUUAAUAAGCUGGUUUCUAUGUGAUAGAAAUGGAGAAAAAUAUGAACAGCAGCUGGCUGGCACAGACUCCAUUUAGUGUAAAAACAAACAGCGUGCUUUGCUUCAAGUUCAGUCCUGUCUGAGGGGAAAAUGUCCAUUGAUAAUUUUAAGAAAAUGCUUACUUUACAAAAAAGAAUUGUGAAUGGAAUUGCAGCGCAUCUACAGUAGCAGUAUGGUUAAAUCUAAAACACACACUAUACUUUUUGCAUACAUAAUUCUUUCCAUUUUGUUUUAGGCAACAUUUUUGUGUAAUAGUUGAGGGUACGUUUCUAAUUGAGUUAAACUGUCCUUUUGGUUAUAAUAUUGAAAAAUAAUUUAACAGCUGUCUCUUCAGCUAGUGCCUUUUUAUCUGUAUGCCUUAAUUUUGUUUGUGUAUAAACACCAUAUUUAAAUCAUAUGGCUGUCUAAUCAUUCAGUACCACCAAAAUACUUUAAAAAUAUAUGCAAGGUUCCAAGGCAGAACUCAUUAACUGUAUCAAAAGUUGUAAUUUAACUAGUAUCUGUAGCAGAGUUUUAGGUUGAAAUUUUACUACAGUUGUUUUUAAAUGAUAAAAAUACUUAGCACCUACAGUGCUCUCCUACUGUACAAACAUUCCAGCAAGGAUGUUAGUGUUAUCCCCAUUUUACAGAUUGGAAAACUGAGACACAGGCUAGAUAACUUGCCCAAGAUUAUAGACUUAGACAUGCCACUUGCUAUACCUGGUACUGUACUAUAAUAAAUGAAGUUUGGCUAAGAAAAGUGUACAGUAGUAUUGGCUCGGUCUUAACAAAUUAGCAGAUAGUUCAAAUGCGCUACCUUUGUUUCCAAUAAUAUUGUGUUCUCUUCUUUUAAAUAAUCCUAACCCUGCCAUUGUCUUGAAUGAAAGCUUUCCUGCUAGAAGCAGAAGGUACAGUGCAGUGUAGUAAGCCAUUCCUUCAGACAACAUUGAGCAAUGUCAAACUGCAGCUUCAGAGACUUGAGCAAAUUGGUCAGAUUUACAGGUUAGGACUAAAUGUAUUUGUUAGCUUUUUAAUCCUCUAGCUCUUUAAACUUUAUCAUGAAUAUAAAAAAGCAUAUUUUGUGUGCUUGAAUGCAAGUCCAUAUGGUGUUUUUUGGAUUAGCAAAGGUAUUAUUGCCCAUACCAUUUCUUAUUGCUGGGAACUUCCUAUCUUGUAUUCAUGACAAGUAUGCAGUGUCAAAUCACUUAAAAAACCAAAGCUUUUCUAUCCCCUCUACAAGAGCCAAAAGUGAUGUUUUGUAGACUAGUACUGUUACUCAUCCUUAUCUACCAGUAAGCUAUUGCUAAAUAGAAUAGAACAGGCACUAGUAAAAGUUAUGUCCAGCACUGCCCAUUUUUAAGGAUAGGUUUGGAUUUUCAUUGUUGCUGUUUUGAGAUGCAAAAUUCAUUCCAGCAUUAAAAUGAAAAGUUUGAACAAAACUCUACACAAUCUUAUUGACAUCACUAACAUAAGGCACAAACUUGGUGAUUAAAUUCCUUUCCUAUGACAUUCUUUAUAGCCAAGUUUUUAGCUUGGGGGCAUUUAAGGAAAGCCAUGAAGAAAAGUAGAUAUAUGAUCUGAACUGCUCAUAGUGCCACAGCAAACAAGAACACUUCAGAGGUUGUUGGGGAAAGCAGUCCUUUUAAUUUAAGAGCCAAAUCUCACCCCUAGAUACCCGGGACUUCCACUGCCCUUAAGGGGAGAGCCAUGAAUGCACACUGGAGGAAGCAGAAUUUCCCCCAAGAUAGGAUUUCUAAGUCAUUAAACUCCAGAUCAGGAACAAAGAGUGCUUUUGCAUUUAACCUCUAGUUAGUUUGUUUUAAUUUGCUUUGACUUUACUUCAGUACCUUUUUUGGGGUCAUAUUUAAGUUCUGCCAUUAGCAAAACCUUGGGGAAAAUCUGUAGCAAGAAAACUGUAGUUCAGUUGACCUCUCAUGUAUUGAAAAGACGGAAUUUAGUAAGCUCAUUUUGACUAGCUCUUCGUUUUUUUCCAUUAGUUUUUUUAAAAGGGGUGAAAAACUGGAUGAAAAUUAGUGAAAAUUUGGACCUGAUCAUUCAAUUGUUAUGCUGGUGGAACUCCUGCUGGUAAGGAUUGCAGGACCAGGCUUCUUAUGGGGAGCAGAGAAGAAAGAGAAUAUGGGUUUACACUGAACGUAGGGUGGGAAAUAUUUCAAAAAGUUUUGCAUCUUUUCCCCCGAUAAUAGUUCUUCUCUCUCCCCUCUCCCCCAAGAAUAUAUAAAUGUGGAUAUAAAGACAAGCAUUGCAUUUUUUGUCAGUUUCACAGUGUUUAUCUUUCCCUAAUACUGGUUUAAAUCUUGAUGUCAUUCAUUCUAAAAUGUAAAUGGUUUAUUAAAACUUGUCUGCCAUCUCAGAUGUGUCACAGUUCAUUUAAUGGAAUAUCAUUGUAAAUAAAUGUUGGAGACUUGGAUAAGUUUGAAAGUAGGCUUUUUAAUUUUCACAAUGCUAUGAAUAAAUGUGUAAAUUUGCCCUUUUGAUCUAAUGUACAUUUUUAUGUAGCUGUUAAAUUCUCUAUAUUUAAUCUAUCCGUUUCUCUCUGUAAAUGUUUUUACUCUCAGUUGAAUGCUGGGCACAGUUUGUAAUGUAUGUACACAAAGGUGUUUUUUUCUAUCAAUGUUGACUUUUUUGCACAUUUUUGAAAAUGUUUAAUUUGUACACUGAUUUAAUACUCUGACCAAUUGUUGAUGGGCGUAUGAGAAUCACGUAUGUGUGCAAUGUACUACUGUUUGGAUGUAUGUUUUUUAUUACUUUUGAGAUGUUGCUAUCAGUAACUGCACUGCUGUUGCUGCUUUAAAUGGAAUUUCUUGUGUAAAAGUGUAUUAGCCUAUGGUUAUAUCUUGGUUGAGGAACUCAGGAGUUGAGCGUUGCUUACUAGUUCCAUAAUGUGUCUAACAACUUUCCCAACUUUAAAGUAUACUUGUAAUUCUGUGUACAAACUGAGUGUGUGUGUGUGUGUGUGUGUGUGUAUGUACGUGUGUGUGUAUGUACACACACACACACACGUCUAUAUAUAUAUAUAUAACCCAGUAGUCUUAUUCCACAGUUUCAUUUCUACAUUUUUAUGAACUUGUUUUUUAAGGGUACUAUGUUUAGUUAGAAUAAUUAAAUAUAUAAAAGCUUUGAGAGAUAAUUUACUAGAUAAAUAUAUUUUCAGCUGGCUGAUGUUCAGAAAAUAUUUUUUUAAUUUUGUUUUUAAUCAUUCAAAAUGUAUUUGUAUUUCCAAAAUUGGACCUGAAUUGUACUUAGAAGUAUAUUAAAACACUCUGGAGGGACAACAGUGUUAUUUCUCUUCUAAGAAUUUUGUAAAAAAACAAAAUGCUAAAGUGUCAGUGAUGCAGAGAAAAUACACUGUUGUGAAAAGGGGAAAGCAAUCUUUGAAUUCUCAGAGCUACUUGAAAAAAUAUGGGGGGGAAAAAAUCAAUCUUAGAAAAGUCAGAUUUUUCCAUUUCCUGUUCUUUGUUACAUUUAAUGUUAAUGCUUCUCUUUCUUUAUCCUUUUACCUUUCUAGUUUUCUGGUAUUAGAAAAGAUAAAAGCAUGUUACUAUAUUGCUGAUUGAUUGGCGCAUGAGAUAAGAACAUGCUUUAAAAAUGUGGCUUACUCCUUUCAAGAAUACCAGUCAAACUUUUGACUUCCAAUUUGAUUAACAUUUUUGUGGCUUAAAAAAAUAAAAAUCCUGUAUAAUGUUUAAAGUGAUACCAAGUAAAAAUUCUCAUGCUAGGUAUACAGUGCACUGUUGAAUGUCUCUAAAUCCAUAGUUUAGGAAAAGAGCCAGUAUACUCUGUCAAACAAAGGACCUACUAAUUGCCAGGUACGGUGUGGUUUCUUCCACUUUUCACGCACAUUUUGACUUUGUUACAUUCUCAAAAUUGUGCUUGUAAAAAUGUAUAAAAACUUUUUUGAUUUUUUUACUUUUUUAUGUAUUUACCUGUUUUAUUUUCUUGCUGGUAAAUGGCUUUUAUUUUGUUUGGGUUGGGUUUUUUGUAUCUGAUGUAAAGGAAGCCAUGUUUAUAUUUUGUGUUUGACCAAUGACUUUGUUUAUAUGAAAUUUGUAUAUUGUUGGUACACAUCUUUGUUUAGGUUGAUCAUGCAUGAGGACCUGCAAGAAUUAGCACAAUGAAAGAUUGCUUUUUCUUCCAAAUUUUUAUUCAUUUUUGAAAGGUUAUGGUGCAGAGGUUUACUGGAUGUAACCUUAUGAACUAUGGAACGACUAUAGAUAAUGGCACUUUGAGUGUUAAUAAAACAAAAUAUUUAUUUCCAA